UGCAUAAGACACAGCUAACCUCAAAUUUUAUUCAGAAAUUACCGAAUACCAAACAAACAAUUAUACUAUAAAAAAUACAUUUUACGAUGUUUAAAGCGGUAAAAAAUCCUCGUAUGCCCUUGGGGCUACUUAUCGGCUAUAACCCCAUUAAAUUUCAAGCUUUUCGUAAGGUCUCUGGGUCUCCCGUCAAGCUGAUAAACAGGGUUCAUUCAGGCAGUUUUUCUAAUGCAAUAUUUCACAAGCAUUUAAAAAUCUUAAAUAAAGAAUAUGCAGCAGUUUGUGCCCUGUUAUAUCGCUCGGGAGUCACUGAACUUCAUCCUUUUUUGGCUCAAGUAAGGAAGUUUAGUACGACACCAAAUUUGUCACAAAAAGGUGAUGGGCCUCUUAAACCCCCAGAUCCUGAAAAACCUGACAAGGAGAAUGACGAUGAUAAGGAUAAGAUGUCCACUUUAUUAGCGAAAGCCCUUGUGUGGAUGUUAACUGCUUACAUGUUUAUAGCAGUAAUUUCUUUGAUGUUUCCUACAACAAACCAGCCUGAAGUGGUAAGAUAUGUCUCUUGGAAUGAAUUCCUUUAUCAAAUGUUAGCGAAAGGGGAAGUAGAACAACUAAUAGUGAGGCCUGACAUUGAUAUUGUUACUAUUAUCCUUUAUCCUGAUGCAGUUAUUAAAGGACGCAAGUCAGACCUUCGAACUUACCACAUGAACAUAGCAGAUGUAGAAAAGUUUGAAAACAAACUGAGAGAGGCCGAAAGGAGAUUAGGAAUAAAGGAUGGAGUCCCUAUCAUUUAUGAACGAAGUACCGAUUCAGCUGGAAAACUGCUUACAUCUCUUUUCUUCGUCGGUCUUUUACUGUGGUACUUGGCAAAAAAUAAGGCCCUUAGGGCCCCACUAAGCAUGGACGUAUUCAGCCAAAUGACCAGAGCAAAAUUCACUUUAAUUGACCCACUAAUGGGCCAGGGUAAAGGGGUGAAAUUCAGCGACGUUGCCGGACUAAAAGAAGCGAAAAUCGAAAUUAAAGAGUUCGUGGAUUAUUUGAAAAGACCGGAGCAUUACAAGUCCUUGGGGGCGAAGGUGCCUAAGGGGGCGUUACUGCUAGGGCCUCCCGGUUGUGGCAAAACCCUUCUGGCCAAAGCGGUCGCCACCGAAGCCAACGUGCCAUUUUUAUCGAUGAACGGUUCGGAGUUUAUUGAAAUGAUUGGGGGAUUAGGGGCGGCAAGAGUGAGGGACCUGUUUAGUGAGGCAAGAAAACGUGCUCCCUGUAUUGUGUAUAUAGAUGAAAUUGACGCGGUUGGUAGGAAAAGAAGUGGGAGUUUAGCCGGCGGCGCCACCGGCGAAAGUGAGCAAACUCUAAAUCAACUUUUAGUGGAAAUGGACGGCAUGGCCAGUAAGGAAAACGUUAUUAUGUUAGCGUCCACUAAUAGGGCUGAUAUUUUGGAUAAGGCUUUAUUACGGCCAGGUAGGUUCGAUCGUCAUAUUUUAAUCGACUAUCCGGACCUGCAAGAGCGACAAGAGAUCUUCCAGUACCACCUUAAAGGAAUCGCAUUGGAACUACCGCCAGAGACUUACUCAAAAAGGUUGGCAUUCUUAACUCCGGGAUUCAGUGGGGCCGAUAUAGCGGCCGUAUGCAACGAGGCGGCCCUACACGCCGCCCGACUAAAACAGCCAAAAGUCACCGGGGCCAAUUUGGAAUAUGCCGUGGAGAGACUCGUCGGUGGAACAGAAAAACGUUCGCACUCCAUGUCUCCGCAGGAAAAAAAGGUGGUGGCCUACCACGAGAGCGGCCACGCUCUGGUGGGUUGGAUGUUGGAACAUACCGAUGCACUUUUGAAAGUGACUAUUGUGCCAAGGACUAGUUUAGCGUUGGGGUUUGCCCAGUAUAUACCGAGAGAUCAGAAGUUGUAUAGUAAGGAAGAGCUUUUUGAUCGAAUGUGUAUGACAUUAGGAGGCAGGGUGGCCGAAUCGAUAGUCUUCAAUAGGAUAACCACCGGAGCCCAAAACGACUUGGAGAAAGUGACCAAAAUGGCAUACGCGAACGUAAAAGAGUAUGGCAUGAACGAAUCGAUCGGACUCAUCAGUUUUCCUGAGGAAGAUACUAAAGAAUUAGGAAAGAAACCUUAUAGUAAAAAAUUAGCUAACCUGAUCGACAUCGAGUCACGCAGAUUAGUAGGACAAGCGUAUAAACGUACCGAGGAAGUCCUGAAGAAGCACAGAAAACACUUAGAACUGCUUGCGGAAUCCUUACUAAAAAAAGAAACUCUUAACUAUGACGAUGUGGAGAAACUAUUGGGCCCCCCGCCCUUUGGUAAGAAAAAACUGAUCGACCCGGCGGAGUUUGAGGAGAGCAUCGGGGGUUCCCAGGACGUAAAAGACACCUCGGAGGCCUCAAAACCCGCGUCGGCUUCAGCCUGAUGUAGUUUUUAGUGUCGUUUAUCAAUAGUUUAUACUAAUAAAGUUAUUAUUGUUUUCUUU